AUUCAAAGAAAAACACAAGAAAGAAACAAACAGAAAUGGCUAGGAGACAAGCAAAUGCUGGACCUUCGUCUAUUUCUGGUUAUGAGGAUUUCUUGCCACAAUCAGAGACGAAGGAAGAACAAGAAGCUCAUCUUCUAUCUAUUCAUCUUCCUGAUUUUUCCAGGGAGCAGUUUCGGGUUACUUACAUUGACUCCACGCGUACCAUUAGAGUUCAAGGAGAAAGGCCACUUGGGAAAGACAAAUGGAGUCGAUUCAAUCGGACCUUUUUUGUUCCAGAAAAUUGCUCUGUGGACAAAAUUCAAGGCAGGUUUCACGAAGGAAUUCUAACCAUCACUAUCCCAAAACAGACCAUCACGCCACUGCAGCCUACCGCCUCUCCUAAACAAGAAGGACCAAAGAUUACACCUAAACAAAGAGAACCCUCUUCAGCUCUAGCUCCUCCUCCGAAAGUACCCUCUCCAGUAGCGGCGCCUCCUCCAAAAGAACCCUCUCCAGCAG